AUGGCCGCCGGCCCCGCGCCCCACGGCGGGCACCCUCGCGCUCAGAGGCCGCAUCUGAGCAAGAUGGAGCGGAUGGUCGUGAGUAUGCAAGACCCCGACCAGGGCGUGAAGAUGCGGAGCCAGCGCCUGCUCGUCACCGUCAUUUCCCACGCAGUGACUGGCAACGACGUCAUGGAGUGGUUGAUCCAGAAGUACUGCAUCACAGAGGAGGAGGCCCUGCACCUGGGCACCCUCCUAGUGCGGCAUGGCUACCUAUACCCACUGCGAGACCCCUGCCACCUCGAGCUCCGGCUGGAUGAAACGCCCUAUAGGUUCCAGACGCCCUAUUUCUGGAUGAGCACCCUGUGGCCAGCCGCUGAGCUGGACUACGCCAUCUACCUGGCCAAGAAGAACAUCCGAAAGCGGGGGGGCCUGGUUGACCACGAAAAGGAGCACUACGACCAGCUGCACAGGAAGAUCAGCCACAUGUGGGACCUGGUAGUGAUGCAGGCGAGAGAGCAGCUGCGGGCAGCUAAGCAGCGCAGGAAGGGGGACAGGCUGGUCAUCGCAUGCCAGGAGCAGACGUACUGGCUGGUGAACAGGCCCCCGCCUGGGGUCCCCAGCGUGCUGGAGCAAGGUCCAGAGCGGGGUUCCUGCACUGCUGGGCGAGUGCAGAUGACCAAGACCAUGGAUUUCUACAGGUGGGAGGUCGAAUGCUUACGAAAGGCACUGGGCAGGGUCCGGGUGAAGUCCUCCGUCUGCCUUGAGGCGUACCUGAAAUUUAGCAGCCAGCAUGAGCCGCACGACCCCAUCAUGUCGGGGUGCCUGCCCAGCAACCCCUGGGUCACAGACAACGAUACCUACUGGGCCAUGAAUGCACCCAGCGUGGCCGUGCCCACAAGGCUCCGUGUGGAGCAGUGGGCCUUCAGCUUCCGGGAACUCUUGGAAGACCCUGUGGGACGGGCCCAUUUCAUGGACUUUCUCAGGAAAGAGUUCAGUGCCGAGAACCUCAGCUUCUGGGAGGCCUGUGAGGAGCUGCGCCACGGUGGGCAGGCCCAGGUCCCUGCCCUGGUGGAUGCCGUGUACCAGCAGUUUCUGGCCCCCGGUGCUGCCCGCUGGGUCAACAUUGACAGCCGGACGAUGGAGCGGACGCUGGUGGGCCUGGGCCGGCCGCACCACCAUGUGCUGGACGAUGCCCAGCUGCACAUCUACACGCUGAUGAAGAAGGACUCCUACCCGAGGUUCCUGAAGUCGGACUUGUACAAAGCCCUGCUGGCGGAGGCCGUGGUGCCCCCGGAGACCAAGCGACGGGUGUUCCCGUUCAUGUGGAAGCCACGCCAUUCCAGCCCCAGCCCUGCUCUCCUUCCUGCCUCUGCCUCCGGGGAGCCCUCGGGUGGUGAUGGGGAGGCCUAGGUGGGCCUGGACAGGG